GGCUCAGUCAGCUUCAUCCACUUGAGUCAGCUUGCACUCGGAAAUUUGCACAGCGCUUGCUAAGUGUUCACUGAAGAACCUUUUUAAAAACAAGCGUCAUUACAAGACUUUCAAUCUAUUGUUAUAAUGGCCUCCGAUACUAUUCACCAGGAUCCUGAUCUCGACGAUGUCGAUACAGGCGAUCAAUACAUAACCAGCGACGAUGUUCUUGCAGAGGUACCCGAUGAUGGCGACCAUCCCAUGGACGAGGACGAUGACGGAGAAGACGGCGAUGUCGUCGGCGACCUGCCUGGGACAUCCUCCUCUGGCGAAGACAACUCGGUGCAAGCCUUUCCCAAUCACCAAGCAUCCGUCUUUGCGAUUUCCAUGCAUCCAACAGAAGCUCUCGCUGUAUCUGGAGGAGAAGACGACUUUGGGUACAUCUGGGAUAUCACAGACGGAGAGGUGAUUGUCAAGCUGACGGGGCAUACCGACAGUGUGACCAGCACAGCUUGGAGUCGGGAUGGUGAGCUCAUCGCAACUGGAGGCAUGGACGGCAAGGUCAGGAUAUGGAGAAGGGUGGGGAAGGAAAACUACCGGACCUGGGAAUUUUUGACAGAGCUUCAAGGACCUGAUGAGGUCAUGUUUUUGAGAUGGCAUCCUAAGGGUUCUGUGUUGCUUGCAGGCUCCAAUGAUUCUACCCUCUGGUUGUGGCAACUGCCUUCUGGGAACACAAUGCAGGUCUUUGCAGGACAUACAGGGGCUGUACAGUGUGGGGAAUUCACCCCAGACGGCAAAAGAAUCGUUUCAGCUUGUGCAGACGGAACUUUGAUAUACUGGGAUCCCCGGCAAUCGACACCUAUAUUCAAACUGUCGGCAGAUGACGCGCGCUUCAACCUUGAUGGUAUCACCUCCCUAGCUGUCAACUUCUCUUCAACACUCGCCGUUGUUGGAGGUGCCGCAGGAGGUGUUCGCGUGGUCAGUUUGAGCAAGGGUGAAGUCGUCUCUACUUUGGGAGGUCAUACCGAAGGUGAAAGCAUCGAGGCCGUCCAAUUCAUAGAUCUAACUGGCAACAACACCGGACCUGGUAUCGUCGCUACGGGAGCUACCGACGGCAAGAUCUGUAUCUGGGACCUAUCAACGAUGCGAUUGCGAACAACACUCGAACACGAGGAUGCUAUCACAUCACUGUUGGCGUUGCCGCCCCCUAAGAGCCAUCUUCUGGUUUCUGCUUCUGCCGAUAAGACUUUACGGACGUGGGACGCUCGUACUGGCACUCUUAUUCGAGAGCACAAGGGCCACCAAGGCCCAGUUUUGGGUGCGUCUCUUGGUUUGGAUGGAUCUGUAGUUGUCAGCGCGGGAGAUGAUGGCGUUUGCUUGGUUUUUACCACGGAAGAAGCGGAGGAACCUUAGAAAAAUGUAGAAGUGCAGAUAUAUAAACUGUUGUAGCAUUUAUGAGUGGGGUGUUGCCUUGGUUAAUGAUUGACUUAUAAUCCGCUGAACAAUUACUUUGAUCUCGUAUGUCAGCGUCCCGAAUUCCAUGAGCGACAUGUGACGUCGUUUUGCCUUCAUAAACUGUCGUGGUUGCAAAUCAUAUACCCAGGAAGUCCUUUUCUUCGCUUCA